AUGAGCGAAAAGCGGCUCAAGAGGGCGGCGACCGAACCUCUUGAGGCAAACUAUAUACCCAGCCUUCAACAGGCACCAAGGCAGGUUCUGUGGAUUGGAUGCUCUGAUAGCGAUUCCAAAGACUCAACUGUGCUUAAUCUUCUUGAUGACGAGUUGCUCGUGCUCAGAAACAUCGGCGGUAUGAUCAUUGAUGGCGACCUGUCCUGCGAGACUACGAUAAAACAUGCCGUCGUUGACCUUCAGGUGAAACACAUCGUCGUUUGCGGGCAUUACGGAUGUCGUAUUGUGAAAGCAGCUUCGAGAGAAGGGCUGCAGGGUCCUUGGUUGAGCAAGCUCAGUGCCCUCCAUUCGGCGCACGAAGAGGAUAUCAAUCAACUUCCAGCGUUGGAACGGGAUCGCUCUUUUGUUGAGCUGAAUAUUCUUGAUCAACUGCGUUCGCUACGCAAAUUUCCCGAAGUGACCGAUGCAAUUAGGCUGGGCCGUUUACAUAUCCAUGGACUGGUGUACGAUUCUGAGACCGAUAAGGCUUAUAGAUUAUCGGAAGGGCAGCAGAACCAUUAG